AUGACUACAUCACCAACAAAGAAAACCAUUGAAUUACAAGCAGAUGCAACAGUGCCACGUGGUGCGUCAAUUAAAUUAACUGUUGAAUAUCGAACACGUCCACCAACUUCAACAGAAUCUGCUUCGAGUUACGAAGAUGUUUCACUCGGGAAACAUGUGAACACAGAGCGUCAAUAUCGAGAACAAAUCAGAUAUCAACGUGAUCAUGAAAGUGAUGUGACAAGAAAGGAAACCAUACAAAAACAAGCACUUCCGAAUAGUUACGAUCCCGACGAUGAUACCGUUCUUGUGCCUGAUACAGUUAUUGAACACAUAAGUGAAGAUGAAAAGUCCACUUCUAGCGAAGAAGUGGUUUUUGAAGAAUGGAGUGAACGAUUCAAAUGUCGCCGUACCGACGAAUACGAUCCCGAAACGAAACAACUGAUUCGUUCAACUAUCGACGAAACAAGUGAUCGAGUCAAGGGAGAUGUUGUCAAAGAAGAGUACCGAGGCAAAAAUGUUCGUAUCAAAGGACAUAAAAGUUACGAUGUUGUUAAACAAGUUCACCGUCGUGUACCAGCUAGUUCACUGAUUUCUGCUGAACAAGUACAAACUCGUAUACAUCGCGAGGAGGUUGAAAAGUCUCCUCCACCAGCUCCCCUUCGUCCUAUACUUAAACCUGCGACGACGGUGUCGUCGCCACCAACAAUACAAGAGAAGCAAUGGGCUUCGGAAGAAGUUUACGAAACAGUUGUUGUUCAAGAUUCUACUGGUACUACUCGCCGAAGUGAAUUCGAUGAACAGGCAACAUCAAAUUAUGCUCAUCCUGACCGGUAUUCUCCCAGUCCACCUGUGGUAGUUCAAACAACCGAUUAUCAUCGUGUCGUCGAAGCAGUCUCCCCGACAAUCAAAUAUACAAAUCAACCGAAAGAAGAUCAUGUUAGUGAAGAGUAUCAUAUUGAAUUUGAAACAAGCAAUCGUCGUGACGAUAUCAAUGAUCAAGCAUCAUCGGCAUCAUCAGUUCGACGAUCUACCGAUUGGCGCAAUGAAUUACGAGAAAAAUACUCGUCGGAGAAGCAACACGACCAGUAUGAAAAACCAAUCGGUAGUAAUUAUGUUGCUCAAAAGAUUUCCAUCAUUCCGACGAAUUCACAACAACGUUUCAAAGAAGUUCAAAUCAAAAUCUCGGCACAUCAGAGAACGCCACCGAGCCAACGAAAAUUCGAACAAUCACCUUCAUCUCGACAUGCUGUAAAGGAGGUUCUCGUUCGUAUAUCACGAAGUACAUCACCCGAGAAACAGUACCAUCGUUCGCUGUUUGAUGAUUACGAAGAGAAACAGAAAGAAAAUGUGUAUCUUACGGCUUAUGAAACUCCGGGAAAACCCGUAUCGAAUUUGUCAACUGGUGACGAGCAUACAUAUCCACCGAAACGUUCGUCUUCUACAUCGUCAACAUUAGAUGAACGUCGAACAGUGGUGAACCAGACUGAACGACCAACAUUGACUCGUGUGGGUGUUUUAAGAAAUACAUUCGAAGCGACGACUGGUGAACAAUCGAAAGAAGAUCAGUCGAAGUAUCUUGGAACAAUAUCGACAGGCUUAACAAAACAACGAAGGGAACUGUUCGAAGCACACGAUCAAGGAAACAAAGAAUGGGCCCGACGACCGGCUAAUGAAUAUCGAUCGACUGAACAUCGUACAGAUACCGUUCAACGAGGACGAUCGCUUGUCAGCGAUCGUAUAUCUCGUUUCGAAAGCACAGAAUUAAAAUCUGGCUCUCGUGCUCAAUCAAUCGAACGACCAGGUCGCACAAAUGUGGUUCAAACUUCACCAGAGAAAGCACCGAUUGAUAUUAGAAUGACUAAUACACAAGUUAUGUCGUCGAUUGAUUCGGAUUUCGGUGGACCGGCACAACCGAUCUAUCACAGCACUCCGAAAGCGACGAAACAGACUUAUGACGAUCUCGGUCAUGAAAGCGGGGAUGAGCUGAGUGAAACCAAAGGAAGUUUUGAUGCUCGACAGCGUUCGUCAAGAGCACGCCUUCAUGAUUUCACAACAACGAGUGUCUCGCCUACGAUUGAUACUACUCGUGUUAUUGAACGAACAACAACGAGAUUCAAUGAAUCAAACAUGGAAAAUAUGCUUUCACAUGUUCCAUCGAGUAGAGGUAAAAGCAUGAUGAUUGAACUUUCACCAGAUGCGUACCAAAGUCCAACAAAAUCCAGCUAUGAUCGAAAUAAAUCCAAUAUUACUGGCGAUUCUGGCAUUUUCGAUCGAUCAGGAAUGAGUUAUGCACAUCAAACCACUUCAAGUCCUUGGCGAAAUAAUGUUUCAACAUCAAUUAACGAUGAUGGCUUUAAUUCACACGAUAGUACCGUUUAUAUUGCUACAACAGGAACAGGUUCAAGCUCACCGUACGCUCGACGACAAGUCUCCGAUCUCGAUGAUUCCCCUCUACGAUCCACUUAUCAAUACGAAUCCGAAAGAUUUGCUACGACGGAACCUGACAAUCAGCAACGAACUGUUCGUCGACAGAUUACCCGUUCAGGACAAACUGGUUACGAGAACCCUACGCUCUAUCGUCAGGGAUUCGAUGCACAAAAUAAAGUUCAUAUAAGUACUCAAUCUCGUGUAGUCAAACCUUUGGUUGUUGACGAAAUCGAAACCAUCGAAACCGAAACUCAAGUCGAAUGUCAAGUACAGCGAAAACAUGAAGUCAACGAAACGACAAGAACUGAGCCAGUUCCUAGUCUUCUAGGUUCACCUCAACGAACUCGACCAACGUACAAUCUUUCUGACGAGAAAACUCCAUCCAAACGUGUUUUCAUUCAAGAAAAACCACAAUAUUACGAGCCAGUUCCCAUCAAUGACGAAGAUUCUAUUCGAUCAUCACAUUCUAACAUACAAACAUACACCCCUAGUCCACAUGCAGUUCAAGUAACAUCAUUAAGCACUCAAACACAAAUUAGAUUUGAACAAAAUCCUUCAAACGAAAUCAUUGCUACUGUUCGUGUGCCCAAAAUGAACGCUAUUAAAACAAGUCCACCACCAACAAUACAUCAAGGAGCGCUCUACGGCGCUGACCGAAACGAAAAACUUCGUUCAGAUGACGAGCUUUAUCACCGUUCGCAUGUUCCAAAUUAUCACUCAUCACCGGUCACUCAAGGCUAUCAACAACAAGUUCGAGCACGUGUUGGUACGGCUGAAACUACGAAUAACCAUUCAGUACCCAUAAACUAUUCCAUACGUUCAACCCUACGUCCUUCACCAUCACGCGAGCAACAUAAACAAUAUAAACAACGAUCCUUUUCUCCUGAUCCCGAUAUGACACUUCGUUCACACACACAUUGCCGUUCUCGUAGUCUUGAUAAUCUCGACUUCGAGAUCGAAAUUGAAAAACGUCCACCUCAGUAUCCCGAACAACCUACCGUCGUUUCACUUGAUCAAAAUUCACGUGCAAUUGUGACAACAUCAAGAGACGGCCGUGUGUCCGUGCAAAACAUCGCCGUACGUCCCGGAAAUACAAUUGUCAUCAAUAGUGACUUUCACGCAUCUGAUCGUUCAUUGAAUCGAUCGUCAGGCUAUUUCAGCUCCGAUGAACUUCGUUCCCAAGGUCAUAAUACAAACUAUUCAAGUGAUGAACAAUCUAGUGGCGGUAAUUUAAAUUCCUAUUCACCGUCGCCUCAAAGAUCACGACCGAGACCAAACGACCAAUCAUACCAUUUCGAUCAAGUCAAUGAUCUCGUUCAUCGAUACACACAACCAUCGAAUACUUCAAUUGGUUUCAACGAAACAAUCGAUCAAAUAGAAGCUUUAUACAAUAAUCUCGAUGUUGAAAAUACCAAUCGAUCACAUGACUAUCCCAAACCAACAACAACAUACAAUCGUCGAAAACAAUUAGAAUUAAAUCCAAAUGAGUACAACCAACGCUUCACAUCGACAGGAUUUCAACACAUCCCAUCCGAUCAACAGACACCAUCAUCAUUAACACAUCUGGUUACAUCGGCAACAGUUCGACCAUCGCAGUCAUUGACGUCCUCAGGUAUUUUAGCUGAUUUCAGUACAACAGGUUUGGUGAGUCCAAACUCGACGUACGGUUCAGUUCAAAAUAUGGUUGUUCACCAAAACCGUUUAAAUGGACAAUCGCAAGUAGUUCAACGUAAUCGCGCAUCAGUUAAGCAAGUCAAGCAAAAAAAUGCUGCUAGAAAACGAAACAUCAAUACAUCCGAACUGUAUACAGAUGAAGAUGAUGAACGAGAUUCUCCAUCAUGGACGAAUGGCCAGUUACAACAACGUCCACAUUCAUCAACUCGAUCAUAUAAUUACAACAACCAUUAA